CACACUCCGACCCUCAGUCCUCACUCAACCACUGCCCGCCAGCUAGCUCCAGCAGCUAGAUCAGGUCGACCGUCCUCCCGAUCCACCCCCGUGCUCCGAUCCACCACACGAGCUGGCUAGCUAGCCAGAGCGGCGGCACGCAGGAGAUGAUGAGCGGGAGGCUGAACGCGGCCACGCCCGCCUCGCCGGGGGACGACUUCUCGUUCGCGCCCAUGCAGAUGCCGCCGCCGCCGCCCUACGUCGGGUUCGAGCACGGCGGAGGCGGCCAGCGCGGCGCCGGAGCGAUGCAGGCGCAGCAGCACCACCUCUACGACGGCCUGGACUUCGCGUCGGCGCUCCAGUUCCAGCAGGAGGCGUCGUCCCACUCCCACCACCACCAGCUGCUCACGUUGCCGUCCAGCCUGGGCCCGAUGGCGCCGCCGAUGCCGAUGCCGAUGCCGAUGCCGCUGCCGAUGCAGAUGCCCGUGCCCGGCGACCACGUGUACCACCCGGCGCUCGGGACGAUGGUGAAGCGCGAGGGCGGCGGCGCGGACGGCGGGAGGAUCGGCCUCAACCUCGGCCGCCGCACCUACUUCUCCCCCGGGGACAUGCUGGCCGUGGACCGCCUCCUGAUGCGGUCCCGCCUCGGUGGCGUGUUCGGGCUCGGCUUCGGCGGCGCGCACCAGCACCAGGUCCCGCGCUGCCAGGCCGAGGGCUGCAAGGCCGACCUCUCCGGCGCCAAGCACUACCACCGCCGCCACAAGGUCUGCGAGUACCACGCCAAGGCAUCCGUCGUCGCCGCCAACGGCAAGCAGCAGCGCUUCUGCCAGCAAUGCAGCAGGUUUCACGUGCUGUCGGAGUUCGACGAGGUCAAGAGGAGCUGCAGGAAGCGGCUGGCCGAGCACAACCGCCGCCGCCGGAAGCCGGCCACCACCGCCUCAUCCAAGGACGCCGCGUCGCCGCCUGCUGCCAACAAGAAGACCAACGGCGGCUCCAUCACAUGCUCUUACUCCACUGAAAACAAGAACGACGACCUGAGCUGCAGGGCCAAGUCGACCAUGUCGUCCAACACGAGCAGCGUGAUCAGCUGCCAGCUGGACCAGCCCGGCAACAAGCACCAGCUGGCGAGGCCGACGCUGACUCUCGGCGCCUCGCAGGACAACAAGGACCACCAGCAACAGCUGAGCACCAUGCUCCAUGUCCAAGCGGCCGGCGGCUACCACCACCAGGAGCAGCAGCACUUCAUAACCUCUCUGCAGGUUCACAACAACGGCGGUAGCGGCAACAACAACAACAACAACAUAAUACUGUCGUGCUCCUCGGUGUGCUCCAGCUUGCCGCCGCCCCCGUCGGCGCCCAACGGAGAGGUCUCGGACCAGAACACCGCCGCCAACAAUGGCAACGGGAACAUGCAUAACCUGUUCGAGGUGGACUUCAUGUAGACCGUGGAGAUCGAUCCAAAGCAAGCUAAGCAAGCACACAGGAGUACGUUCUUCUGGCAAGCUAGGUGUCCUUGGUGUGUAAAAGGAAUAGGAGAGAGAGAGCAAAAAAGGUAUGAAGUGGGUGGAGAAACAAGGAGAGAAAGAGAGAGAGAAGGGUGCAAGUGCAAGGAUUCCACCCAUCCAUCACACUCCAUAUCAGUAGCAGCAAGCUGCAGCCUGCAGGUCUAGCAAAGGUAGCUACGUACCCUCUUGUUUGCAAGGUUCCAUGGCUAUAGCAAAGCCAUGCAUCCGGGCCGGAUGGAUGGAAGGCCCCCAUUACAGUGGCUAGCUGCCUCUCUCAACCAGUCUACCUCGAUCUACUGCGCUGCUGCUGCAGCUGCAUCCAUCGCAAGCCUUUCUACCUUUCCAUUUCAAGCGGGGGGGAAUAGUUAACAGUGGCUGUGUUUCACUUGUUUUUCUCCACUAGUUUUUCUUUUCUUGUUGCAAGGUGCACGAGGGUGCAGUGUGUGUCGUACUAAUACCAAACUACCUGUUC